CGCGAAACGGAACGCACCGGCCGUCAAUAAAGUAGUUUCAAAUUUCGAAAUCGUGUUUUGAUCAUUUGUUUUCGUUUAUCUGUGCGACAAUUUUAGUGGCGGGAAAAGUUAAUUUUAUUGAGAAAAUGACUAUUUACAGUAAAAUUGUUCAAAUUAUAUUAGUUAGUGUGUGAUGUGGUUCGGAAAGGAUAUCAGGAUUGAAGAGGAUAUGUCAGAAGCGGUGGAAGGUGGUGCAGCGUUAGCGUGGCGGUUGCUCGCGACGCUGGAAGGUGGCUCGAUACUCCUUGCUACCUCUGCACUCCUGGCAUACACGGUCCGCAAGAAAAUCGCCGCACAACACCGAACGGGGAGGAAUAUACGACGCGUUUUGGUAACAAACACGACUAACUUAUUAGGAAGAGAACUGAAAAGGCGAUUGGAGAAGCGUGGUUGUAUCGUGGCCACGAUAGACCAGAUCGUAGACAACGAGGAGGUAAGCAGCCUGAGGAGUCAAGCGAGCCAGGCUAAAGUCGACGCCAUCGUCAUCGUAGGCGCAGAACCAAAGGCUGAUGGCCUAGACGGCAUGGCCAGACUCGUCACAGAAGAUGUUUACGAUAAUCUAAAGCUCUUAGAAUCACUAUCGUGGUGUGUCCAACGCGGUGGUCGCAUAGCGUGGGCGUGCGCGGGCGACACGGCUGGAGCCUUCAGCGACGCCGGCGCAGCGUUCGACACGGUCCUGUGGGCCAGUCUGAAACAUGUAGCUAAAGUUUCCCACUGUGAACCUAUCUGGGUAGGUCGGUGUGAGGCAGCGGAGCAGGCGGCCGAGCGAGUGGUGGCCGCCCUCACCUGCCACGACGCGCCUCAUACUUCUAGGUUCUCUGUCAGAAAUGCCGCUCACCGGGUCGGGGAACGCCUGUGUAGAUGGCUGAAGAUAGUAACAUAAGACUUCUACCUCUUCUCCUCGAACGAAAUGAUAAUUGUAAAGCUGUAAUAUAAGAUCGGACGCUAGUAGACAAUAAACUGUACGAUACGAC